AUCAUGGGAACCCUAACGAAACCUAAAAUCCGGAGAAAAAAAGAGGGAUGGAGAGCGGCGGCGCAUUAGCGAUCUCGAUGCGCGACGACCGGGCUCCAAUCGAGAGCGGCGGCGUGCAAUUGGUCGCAUCGUCGGCGGCUCAGCCUCCGCGCCGGAGCAGAGUAGCCUUGCGCGCAGACGGGGCUCCGGUCGAAGAGAAGGGGAGGACGAAGAUCGGCGGCGCACCUCCGCCUCCGUGCCAGAGCAGAGUAGCCAUGGCCGGCAAAAUCGAUGAGAAGAGGAGGGCGAAGAGCGGGGGCACACACGUGGCAACAUCGUCGACGGCUGCGCCUCCACGCCAGAGCAAAGCAGCUCUCUCUGGCAGCGGGGCUCCAAUCAAAGAGAAGAUGAGCACGAAGAGCGGCACUCUGCCUUUGCUCCGAAGCAGAGUUGCCACGUUCGGCGCUUCAAUCGAAACGGCUCCGCCUUUGCCCCGAAGCAGAGUAGCCUCGGUUGCUGAAUUCUCUCCAAACAAAGAGAAUAGGAGGAGGACGAAUAGCUGCAGCACACAAGCGGCCACUUCGCCGACGGCUGUGCCUCCGCACCAGAGCAAAGUAGCCAUAUGUGGUAGCGGGGCUACAAUCCAAGAGAAGACGAGGUCGAAGAGCUGCAGCACACAAGCGGCCGCAUCGUCCACAGCUCCGCCUUUCCACCAGAGCAGAGUACACAUGUCUGUCAGCGGGGUUCCAAACAAACAGAAGAGGAGGACGAAGAGCCACAGCACACAAGCGGACGCAUCGUCCAUGGAUCCGCCAUUGCACCAGAGCAGAGUGCCCAUGUCUGUCAGCGGGGUUUCAGUGGAAGAGAAGAGGAGGACAAAGAGCUUGAUGCCUAAGCCUCCACGCCGGAGCAAAGUAGCCUUGACUACCAAUGGCCGUCCUGUGGAUGGUGUACGACGUGCCGACGUCAUUGAAUACUACAAGCAUAGCGAUGGAUCCAUCUACAGACAAACUGAUUUCUUGUCCAAACUUUAUCGUGUCCAUGAUACCAACGAGACUGAGCUGGAGCCAAUGAUGAGGUCGGAGCCAUCAGACGGUUGCUCGCUGAACUGGAGGCCCUGUGAAAGACAUGCCGAUUGCACCAUGAUGCAGAUAUUUUCACUGAAGCUGGCGUAUCCUCCUGCUGGAGACCAAGUUAAGGUGUAUGGAUUCAUGGCUGUCCGGGACACUCGGGACCAUCUGCGUAACUACAUCUUCAACCGCACCAGAGAUGACCCUUUCAUCGUGGAACAAGAGGACGGAUUUAUACAGUUGUCUGGACCCAAGAGAGGCAUCUGGUGGUAUGACAAGCAGCUGGUUGAGUUCGACAUGAGGAUCAAGAGAGGGGAAAAUGAAGCGGACGAUCUGCAGCUCAUCGACGGCGCCGUCUGGUUCUACGACGGUUGCUCGCCGCAUGCUAGAGUGCUCACGCAACGCAUCGACGGUGACUAUGGCUCGGUGGACAUAAGCUAUGCGCUCCUGCAAAUGGCGAUGGAGGCCACGGUGCAGAUUGCUGUGUCGGAGCUGGACAGAGACAUAGGCCUGCUUGUAAGGGCGUUUUACGUCAGUGAUCUCUUGCACCAGGGGAUGUAGCUGUUCGAUGGUGUUAUCCCUGCUGAUGCUGCUGCUGGUGGUUCGGACAGUUAUGAGCUAGAUAAGUAUGUGGUUGCUGCUUCCCGGCAUACCAAGUUGGCUCUGCAAAUGAGGAUCCGUUCUUUGGAUGAUGAUGGUGAUGUUUGGAGAUAUUGUCUCAGCCCAGCCAGUGCGCAUGGAUCUGACGACUUCAGUUUCGCGCUCAGUUUCACAACCAUUGAUGUGAAGAUCUCUUGGUCGACAUUGGACUAGAUCACAUCUCCUAUCUCUGGUCGACAAGUGACGUAUAUGAGAUGGUGAAACUGCAGUCGAGCUUGGCACAAAUAAAUAGCAAUUUUACUUUGGUAGAUAUACUGCCGGCUUGUUUAUGUCAGAUUAUCCGCCCUGCGCUUAAUUAUGGGAAUGUUGCUGAAAUUAUGCUUGUGUAUCUGGAAUAACGCCUUGUGUCCUUCUAAAUACUUUACGCUGGA